AUGGGCAAAAGAAGGUUUUCAAACGAGCAUGUGUCUGCUGUUGAGACUUCUAUUCCGGAGCAUGCAGCUGAAAUCGCAGAAAAAUUAACCAAAGAUCACCCUCCACCAGCAGCAGAGCCUUUAAUUCAUCAUGAUUCUGGUGAGUUCAGCGGGAUGCAACGCCAUCACACUACUGCGGCCGAUGCCGAAAGAUUGGAAAAUGGAUCAGUUAAUCCAUUCACUGGUGGCUCACUAUCAGAGAAAUAUUUCGGUAUUCUAAAGGUAAGAAGAGACUUGCCAGUGCACGCUCAAAGAGAUGAAUUCUUGAAGAUCUAUCAAGAAAACCAGAUCAUGGUUUUUGUUGGUGAAACGGGUUCCGGUAAGACCACUCAAAUUCCUCAAUUUGUGCUGUUCGAUGAAAUGCCACAUUUACAAAAUACUCAAGUUGCUUGUACGCAGCCUCGUAGGGUUGCUGCCAUGUCUGUGGCACAGAGAGUUGCUGAAGAAAUGGACGUCAAACUAGGCGAAGAAGUUGGUUAUUCCAUUAGAUUCGAAAAUAAGACCUCUAAUAAAACUAUCUUGAAAUAUAUGACUGAUGGUAUGUUGUUAAGAGAAGCCAUGGAAGACCAUGACUUGAAACGUUACUCUUGUAUCAUUUUAGAUGAAGCACACGAACGUACUUUGGCAACAGAUAUCUUGAUGGGUCUUUUGAAACAGGUUAUUGAUCGUAGACCUGAUUUGAAGAUUAUUAUCAUGUCUGCUACUUUAGAUGCUGAGAAAUUCCAAAGAUACUUUAAUAAGGCGCCACUUUUAGCUGUCCCUGGUAGGACACAUCCAGUGGAGAUCUACUAUACACCAGAAUUCCAAAGAGAUUAUUUGGAUAGUGCUAUAAGAACUGUUUUACAGAUCCAUGCUACGGAGGAGAAGGGUGACAUUUUGUUAUUCUUAACCGGUGAAGAUGAGAUUGAAGAUGCUGUAAGGAAAAUAUCAUUAGAAGGGGAUCAGUUAAUUAGAGAGCAAGGUUGUGGUCCUAUCUCUGUAUAUCCAUUAUACGGUUCUUUGCCUCCACAUCAACAACAGCGCAUUUUUGAACCUGCUCCUGAAUCCCAUAAUGGAAGACCUGGUAGAAAAGUCAUUGUAUCUACUAAUAUUGCAGAAACCUCUUUGACUAUUGACGGUAUUGUGUAUGUUGUUGAUCCUGGUUUCUCUAAGCAAAAAGUUUACAACCCAAGAAUUAGAGUUGAAUCCCUUUUGGUCUCUCCAAUUUCAAAGGCAUCAGCUCAACAAAGAGCUGGUAGAGCUGGUCGUACCAGACCUGGUAAGUGUUUCAGACUAUAUACUGAAGAAGCUUUCAAAAAGGAACUUAUCGAGCAAUCAUAUCCUGAAAUUCUCCGUAGUAAUCUUUCUUCGACAGUCUUAGAACUAAAGAAACUAGGCAUUGACGAUUUGGUGCAUUUCGAUUUCAUGGACCCUCCUGCCCCAGAAACUAUGAUGAGAGCCUUAGAAGAAUUAAACUUUUUGGCAUGUUUAGAUGACGAUGGUAAUUUAACACCUUUGGGUAGAUUGGCUUCUCAAUUCCCUCUUGAUCCAAUGCUUGCGGUAAUGUUGAUUGGAUCCCCCGAAUUUUCUUGUUCCGAAGAGAUGCUAACGAUUGUCGCCAUGUUAUCCGUACCUAGUGUUUUCAUUCGUCCUUCGAAAGAUAAGAAAAGAUCAGAUGACGCAAAGAACAUAUUUGCACAUCCUGAUGGCGACCACCUAACAUUAUUGAAUGUCUACCAUGCAUUCAAGUCAGACGAAGCUUAUGAGUACGGGAUCAACAAGUGGUGCCGCGACAACUUUUUAAAUUAUAGAUCUCUAUCUGCUGCUGACAACAUCCGCAACCAAUUGGAAAGGUUGAUGGUUCGUUACAAUCUCGAGUUGAACACUACAGAUUAUGACUCCCCUAGAUAUUUCGAUAACAUUAGAAAAGCGUUAGCUGCAGGCUUCUUUAUGCAGGUCGCAAAAAAACGAUCUGGCGGAAAAGGUUAUAUCACAGUCAAAGAUAACCAAGAUGUUUUGAUACAUCCUUCAACUGUUUUGGGCCAUGAUGCCGAAUGGGUUGUAUACAAUGAAUUCGUUCUAACCUCCAAAAACUACAUUAGAACUGUAACAUCAGUUAGACCUGAAUGGUUAAUAGAAUUAGCACCAGCUUAUUAUGACCUCGAUCACUUCCAAAAAGGUGACAUUAAACUAUCGUUAGAAAGGGUAAAGCAAAAGCUCGAUAAAAUGGUGGAGCUACAACAAGAAAAAAAAAAAAGUGCGAAAUCUAAAAAGUCUAAGAAAUAA